CAGCUGGUGCGAGCCCCACUGCGGCCAGGAUCCGGCCCCGGCCGAGAGGCAGGGACCUGCUGGGAGCCCCCAUCCCGGGGAUGGGGACCCCGCUGCAUGGCGCGGGUGGGCGCGGGCAGGAUUAGUCCCAUCGCCACCAGGCUGCUGCUCCUGCGCCGCCCCUGCCGGGGCCCUGCUCGGCUGAUGCGGACACAAAGCCGGAGGAGACGCGGCCUUCCCAGGAAAGGCUCGGGGACGGGCCCAGGCAGAGCGUCCGGACCCCCUGUGCCAUGGCUUCGUCCGAGCUGCCCCCCUGCCCCGCAGUAGGUGACCGCCUCGCCCCAGAGGCCCCCGGCGCACUGCCCCACGGCGAGGAGGACCUGGGCGAAGCCUUUGACUUUGAGGACAGCGACGAGGAGGACGACGAAGACUCAGCAGCCGAGGCCGAGCCGAGCAGGGGUGCGGUCCUCCAAGCACCCCCUCGCAGGCACCGUGCCACCAGCUCCAGCAUCGAGGGGCUGGUGCUGGAGACCCAGGAAGGGCUGCCAGCGGGGGUGAGCAAUGGGGAGGCUGGUGGGGCCCCCCCUGACAACAGCACCCAGACCUGGAAGAGGAAAAGCAGCCACCGAGGUGAGCGCUUCGAGUUCCCGGCGGUGGAGGAUGAUGUGAUUUACGACGACGUCCCCUGUGAAAACCUUGAUGCUGACCAAGACGGGGCAGAGCGCAGCCUGAUUUACGAGGACGUGCAGAGAGGCGAGGGGCCACGGGCGGGCGAGGAUUUGGGCUGGAGCUCCAGCGAGUUCGAGAGCUACAGCGAGGACUCGGGUGAGGAGAGCAAGCCAGAGGCUGAGCCGGCCAAGCAGCGGGCGUCCUUCCAGCCCAAGAUGACCCAGCUGAUGAAAGCGGCCAAAAGCGGCACCAAGGAUGGGCUGGAGAAGACCAAGAUCGCGGUCAUGCGGAAGGUGACCUUCCUGCACCGUAAAGAAGCACCAGGGGACUCAGAGGAGGAGGACACGGGCUUCUUGGAGGUCACCGUCUCGGACAUGAAGCACCCACCGCCGGAGCUCGGCCCCAUGCCCGCGGGGCUCAGCCCCCAGCAGGUGGUGCGGCGACACAUCCUGGGCUCCAUCGUGCAGAGCGAGCGCAGCUACGUGGACUCCCUGAAGCGCAUCCUGCAGGAUUACAGGAACCCGCUGAUGGAGAUGGAGCCCAAGGUGCUGAGCGCCAGGAAGUGCCAGGUGGUGUUUUUCCGCCUGAAGGAGAUCCUGCAGUGCCACUCCAUGUUCCAGAUCGCCCUCGCCUCCCGCGUGGCCGAGUGGGACUCGGCGGAGAAGAUCGGGGACCUCUUUGUGGCCUCGUUCUCCAAGUCGAUGGUGCUGGACGUGUACAGCGACUACGUCAACAACUUCACCACUGCCAUGUCCCUCAUCAAGAAGGCUUGUCUCACCAAACCUGCCUUCCUCGACUUCCUCAAGAAGCGGCAGAUGGCCAGCGCGGACAGGGUGACGCUCUAUGGGUUGAUGGUGAAGCCCAUCCAGAGGUUCCCCCAGUUCAUCCUGCUCCUGCAGGACAUGCUGAAGAACACCCCCAAGGGCCAUGCGGACCGCCUGUCCCUUCAGCUGGCGCUCACAGAGCUGGAGACGCUGGCGGAGAAGCUCAAUGAGCAGAAGCGCGUGGCUGACCAGGUUGCUGAAAUCCAGCAGCUCAGCAAGAGCAUCAGUGACCGCAGCAGCCUCAACAAGCUGCUGAGCUCGGGGCAGCGGCAGCUUCUGCUCUGUGAGACGCUGACGGAGACGGUGUACGGUGACCGGGGGCAGCUCAUCAAGUCCAAGGAGCGGAAGGUUUUCCUCCUCAACGACAUGCUGGUCUGCGCCAACAUCAACUUCAAAGGCCAGCUGGAAAUUAGCAGCCUGGUGCCCCUGGGCCCCAAAUACGUGGUGAAGUGGAGCACGGCCCUCCCGCAGGUGCAGGUGGUGGAGGUGGGGCAGGAGAGCGGUGCCUAUGACAAGGACAACGUGGUCAUCCACAACGCCGGUGCCAAGAAGCACGCACCCACCGGGCCGGCCUCGCACAAUAAAGUCUACCUGGGGCCGCCACGGCUGUUCCAGGAGCUGCAGGAUCUGCAGAAGGACCUGGCGGUGGUGGAGCAGAUCACCCUUCUCAUCAGCACGUUGCACGGCACCUACCAGAACCUGAACAUGACGGUGGCCCAGGACUGGUGCUUGGCUCUGCAGAGGAUGAUGAAGGUGAAGGAAGAGGAGAUCCACUCUGCCAACAAGUGCCGCCUCCGUCUCCUGCUGCCUGGCAAGCCGGACAAGUCUGGCCGCCCCAUCAGCGUCAUGGUGGUCUUCAUCACUCCCAGCCCCCUGAGCAAGAUCUCCUGGGUGAACCGUCUCCACUUGGCCAAGAUCGGGCUGCGGGAGGAGAACCAGCCAGGCUGGCUCUGUCCCGACAAAGACAAGAAGAGCAAAGCUCCUUUCUGGUGCCCCAUCCUCUCCUGCCACAUGUCCGCCUUCUCCUCCAAGGCCCUUGAUUUGCAGCUCGGCGCCGCGGUGCACAACCCCGUGCAGUCCUCGCUACUGGGCUUCUCUGCCAUCAGCACCUCACUGCCGCAGGGCUACCUCUGGGUUGGGGGUGGCCAGGAAGGUGCAGGGGGGCAGGUGGAGAUCUUCUCCCUCAAUCGCUCGGUGCCGCGGACGGUCAAGUCCUUCCCGGUGGCCUCACCGGUGCUGUGCAUGGAGUACAUCCCUGAGGCAACUGAAGGGGACAAGACGGGGACUGAGGAGACCCGGGCGGGCACUGAGCAACCCCCUGCAGCACUGCACCCCACUGUUUGCUUGGGACUGCAGGACGGCAGCAUCGCAGUGUAUGGCAGCGUGGACACGGGGACGCAGUGCUUGCUGACCUGCAAGAGCCCAGGCAUGCAGCCUGUCCUGUGCCUGAAGCACAGCCCCGAGUACCUGUUUGCGGGGCUGCAGGAUGGCACCGUGGCUGCGUACCCCAGGAACAACGGGGGGCUGUGGGACCUGGCUGAGCAUCCCACCCGCCUGACCGUGGGCACUGGCCCCGUGCGAGCCCUCCUGACGCUGGAUGAGACCGUCUGGGCCAGCUGUGCCAACCAGGUCACCGUCCUCGACGCCUCCAGCCUCCGUGCUCAGCAAACCUUCGAGGCCCACCCGGACGUGGAGGCCAGCGUGACGCACAUGAUCAAGGCGGGCAGCGGUGUAUGGAUGGCGUUUUCCUUGGGCUCCUCCAUCCGCCUCUUCCACACUGAGACGCUGGAGCACCUGCAGGAGAUCAACAUCGCCACCAGGACCACCUUCGUCCUCCCAGGACAAAAACACGUCCGUGUCACCAGCCUGCUCAUCUGCCAGGGCUUGCUGUGGGUUGGCACCGACCAGGGCAUCAUUGUGCUGCUGCCCGUGCCCCGGCUGGAGGGCAUCCCUAAAAUCACUGGAAAAGGCAUGGUGUCUCUCAACGGGCACGGUGGCCCCGUGGAGUUUUUGGCAGUGGCACUUAGCACCCUGGCCCCCGACGUGCUGAAGGGCAACCAGGAGGAAGAGGAGGGUGAGGAAGAGAAAACCCCGGAGCUGGAUGGCCCCCCGCCACGGGAAAUGAGGAAAAAAGGGAUUUUGCUGCAAUACCGCCUACGCUCCACGGCCCACCUCCCCGGGCAGCUGCUGUCAGUGCGGGAUGCUCCGGCGGGGACCGGCGGCACCCCGGAGCACACGGAAGAGGACGGCUCCAUCUACGAGAUGGCCGACGACCCUGACGUCUGGGUGCGGAGCCGGCCCUGUGCCCGUGACGCUCCCCGCAAGGAGAUCUCCUCUGUCGCCAUCAUUUCGGGGGGCAGGGGGUACCGCAACUUUAGUGCCGAGCCGCAGCGUCGGGGCGGCGAGGCUGACAGCACCCUGCUCAUCUGGCAGGUCCCGCUGAUGCUAUAGCCCCCUGGGGACAGCCCCCCCCCCCCGCCCCCCCCCCCGGCGCCUACCUCAAAUCCACCCAUAAAGCUGCCGGGGGGUGGUUGCACCCCGGGUGUGGAACCCCUGUUUAUUUUAUUUUUUUUGUUAAGGAGAAACAAACAGGAAAAAAAAAGGAAAAACUUAAAAGUGGACUUUUUUUCCCCCCCAAACCAGCUUUGUGCAUUGGGAGAGGGGGGUUUUUAAACAUGGGAAAUGGUGACCUCCCUGCGGGCUUUGGAGGCGCUGGGAUUGUGCUGGGCUCUGGCCGAAGGCAUCUGUGUGUAUGCGUGUUAAUAUAUAUAUAUAUAUAAAUACGGUGUAUAUUAUUACCUGUAUAAAGAAGGAAUCUGUAUAUAUUGGGGCACUUGGAGAUGCAGAAAUAAAGCAGAGGUGUGAACAUUC